AUGGCCACCGACAUCCAGGCCGACGAGACGCGUCGUUUACAUAGGAUUCGUCGGACGAUUCUAGAAAUGCUACGAGACCGUGGUUACCUCGUUUUACCGACGAAAACUGACUUGGAACUGCCGUUGGAAGAGUUCGCACACAAGUUCGACGCAGCGGGGCGUGCGCGAGAGUCUCUUACCAUGUUGCGGCAGCAUCGCAACGAUCGCUCUAACCAAAUAUACGUCUUUUUCCCCAAAGAGGAGAAGGUGGGUGUGAAGCCCAUCCGAGAGUACUGCCUUCGCUUGGAGACAGAGAACGUACUUCGUGCGAUCAUCGUCGUGCAGACGGGCUUGACUCCUAUUGCGAAACAGGCGGUGGCAGAGCUCCAACCGCGCUUUCAUCUGGAGCUUUUCCAAGAAGCUGAGCUUUUAGUGAAUAUCACUCGACACCAGCUGGUUCCUAAGCACGAAGUUCUGACGGCGGAGCAGAAGAAGACCCUCCUUAAACGGUACCAGCUCAAGGACACGCAGCUGCCGCGCAUCCUACAGAGCGAUCCCGUCGCGCGUUACUUUGGUGUGACACGAGGGCAAGUGCUUAAGAUUACCCGCAACUCUGAGACUGCAGGGCGCUACGUUACAUACCGUCUUGUCGUCUGA